AUGACAGAGGCGAAGAAGCUUAGAGUAACAGAAGUUCAGCAUUCAUCCAUGAAUAAAGGUGCCUUGGAGGGAGCUGUUGGAUCCAGCAUCCUACACCAAGGGACCCAGGAGAAAUCUCACCCAAUUGUGCAUCAGGUCAUAGUGAGCUGGACCAUGGCGCAGGCGGCAGGCCCCGGGGCCUGUGCGCCAGUUGCGACGCCUCGGAGCUUCCCGGAGCCAGAGGGAAUCUGCUCUACGGCCUCUGGCUGUGCGGACAACCCACCAGAAAGUUCAACACUGAAGAACCGGGGACUUCAAUCCUUGAAUUGA